AUGACAAAUUCCGACUCCACACAGGUUGUAUUGGUAAGUUUGAGUGGGUGUUCAAGUAGUGGGAAGACCACGAUAGCGAAGCUGUUGGCCCGAAUUGUGCCUGAUUUGACUUUGAUUCAUGAGGAUGAUUUCUUCAAGCAUGACAAGGAUAUUCCUGUCAACAGUAAAUAUGGCAUUCAGGACUGGGAUUGUGUUGGUGCCUUAGACUUUGAUUCAUUCAGAGCAGAGUUAGAUAAUAUACGACACACUGGCAGAAUUGAUGCAAAGCUUAUACACAACAAUAAUGUUGAUAGCUUAGAUAAGUUUAAUCUAAAUGAGGCGUCUUUACAACCUAUCAGAGAAAAGUUUGAGUCACUACCUGACAAUCUAAGGAUCGUUUUAGUCGAUGGGUUUUUAAUAUACCACGAUAAGAGUGUAGCUUCUAAGUUUGACGUCAGGUUAUUGAUACGUGCUCCUUAUGAGACAUUAAAGAAAAGGCGAGCAGCUAGACCUGGAUAUCAGACAUUGGACUCCUUUUGGGUAGACCCACCAUACUAUUUUGAUGAUUUUGUAUACAAGAACUAUAAAGAGGCCCAUGCACAUCUUUUUAUCGAUAAUAAUGUGGAGGGGCAAUUGAAGUAUGAGCUAAAUGAUUCUAUCAAGGACUUCAAUAAUGAUGAGGAUGUGCAAAUAUCAACUGCUCUCACCUGGGUAUCAGAUCAAAUCGUUAACUACUGUUCGAGUCUUAGAUAA